CUCUCUCCACCUCCCACAGGCAGCCUUGCACUCGAUGGCAGGCAGACUGAGCUUGGAUCAACUCAGACCAAUAGUUUUUCAUCUUUGAUAUGCUGGAACUCUGAAUGAUAAGCUGUUAGUUUCAGAUUAGCUCAGCCUAGGGUUCUCUUUUAUCAGGUUUUACAGGAACUGAUCUGUGGUCAGUUUUAAAGCAGCUUGGCAUUGUGCUAUCUCUCAGCUGCAACUCCUUGGAAAUCUGAUCAGGAAAUAGUGUUUUUUUCCCUUACGUUAUUCCUCCAGUAGGGGAUUCAGAAGAUAUCUGAGGCCACAGCAUUUUGUCUUGGGCCACCAAGGCGGGCACCAUGGUUGAAAGCCUGGACUUUGAGAAGGCGGAGAAGAGGUAUUGCAUCCGAGGAAAGCAUGUGGCCCUCAUCUGUGCUGUGGUGGUGGUGUCAGCUGUAGCUGUGGGGCUGGGGGUGGGCCUCACACAGCCCGACAGUACCCCGGCUGACCCGGCCCCCACCGAGGGACCCCCCAAGCCCACCUCCCCUCCCCCACCAGCUGACAGGGGGCCCUGCAAGCCCUCCAACAACACUGACGGGGACUGGAAGAAUUUCCGGCUGCCGGACUACGUGAAGCCGGUGCACUAUGACCUCCACCUGGAGCCUGACCUGACCACUGACCUCUACAUGGGGAAUGUAUCCGUGCACCUGGAGGUGAGACGACCCACGAGGCACCUGUGGCUCCACAUCCGGGAAACGUUCAUCAGGGCAGUCCCCAGGCUUGUCCUGAAAACCCCACAGGCUCAGAGGGAUGUGGCCAUCAAGGGUUGCUUUGAGUUCAAACUGCAGGAGUAUGUCGUAGUGGAGGCGGAGGAGGAGCUUGCGGCCACCAAGCCCAAUGAGGUGUACAUCCUCACCCUGGACUUCCAGGGCUGGCUCAACGGAUCUCUGGUGGGCUUCUACAGAGUCACCUACACAGAAAAUGGGGCCACCAAAAAAAUUGCUGCCACCGACCAUGAGCCGACAGACGCCCGCAAAUCUUUCCCCUGUUUUGAUGAGCCAAACCAGAAGGCCACCUACAAGAUUUCCAUCACCCAUGACAAGGACUAUGAAGCCCUCUCCAAUAUGCCAGUGGAGGGCGCCCCAGAGCUGCUUCCUGACAAUAAGAUCAAAACGUCCUUCCAGAGAUCCGUUCCAAUGAGUACCUAUUUGGUAUGUUUUGCUGUGCACCAGUUUACGUUUGUGGAAAGGAAAUCGUCUAGAGGAAUUCCUUUGCGAAUCUAUGCACAGCCUGCACAAAUUGCGACAGCAGAGUAUGCUGCUAACACAACCAAGAUCAUUUUUGACUACUUUGAGGAAUAUUUCGACAUGACAUACUCCAUCCCAAAGCUAGAUAAGAUUGCCAUCCCUGACUUUGGCACAGGUGCCAUGGAGAACUGGGGUCUGAUCACUUACAGGGAGGCCAACCUCCUCUAUGAUGAGAACCAGUCGUCAUCGUACAACAAACAACGUGUGGCUAGCGUCAUCGCUCAUGAGCUGGUCCACCAGUGGUUCGGGAACAUCGUGACCAUGGAUUGGUGGGAUGACCUUUGGCUAAAUGAGGGCUUUGCCAGUUUCUUUGAGUACAUCGGUGUAGAGGAGGCUGAGCCCCUCUGGGGAAUGCGUGACAUCAUGAUCAUCAGUGAUGUACUUCCUGUCAUGGUGGACGAUGCACUCGUCACCUCCCAUCCAAUCAUUGUGGAUGUAUCAACUCCGGCUCAGAUUACCUCUGUGUUUGAUAGCAUAUCCUACAGUAAGGGGGCAUCAAUUCUCAGGAUGGUGGAGGACUGGUUGGGUCGAGACAACUUCAGAGAUGGCUGUCGGAAAUACUUGAAAGAUUUCCACUUUGAGAAUGCCAAAACAGACAACUUUUGGGCAUCACUUGCUAAUGUGAGUGGGUUGCCUGUAGCAGACGUGAUGGACACAUGGACCAAACAGAUGGGCUACCCAGUAUUGGACCUGUCUACCAUCAAUGCUCAGACCAAACUCACCCAGCGAAGAUUCCUGUUGGACCCCAAUGCUAAUCCCAACCAGCCACCCUCACCACUCAGUUACAAGUGGAACAUCCCUGUUAAGUGGUACUCAGUGGAUAGUAAUACGUCUAUUUCCAUCAUGUUCAACAAGUCCAAUCCAGAGCUAGUCUUAGCUGGCUAUUCCCCUGCUACGGAUGGACUGUUGAAGGUCAACAACGACCACAUUGGAUUUUACAGAGUCAAUCACCCUGACAGCAUAUGGAGCACAAUUAGUCAACAACUCCAAACAAAUCAUCAGGAGUUAGACGCUGCUGACCGAUGCAGUUACAUUGAUGAUGUCUUUGCUCUGGGAAGGGCAGACGCUGUCGAUUAUGGAAAUGCAUUCAACCUGACAAAAUACCUGACCAAUGAGACGGAGUACAUCGUCUGGAAACGUGUGUCUUCUUCCAUCGCCUAUGUGCAAGACAUGUUAUCAGACGACACUGUUCUUUACCCCAAAUUCCAGAAAUUAUUCCGUGAGCAUGUGCAGACUAUCUCCAGGCAACUGGGAUGGGACGACGUGGGAAGCCAGAGAGAUAGGCUGUUGCGUGAGACCGUCCUGGAAAUUGCUUGUCAAAUGGACGACCAGGAAGUUCUAAAUGAAGCAUCUGCUAUAUUUGACCAAUGGAUUGCAGGAACCAUCAGCACUGUGGGGGUGAACCUGCGCUUGCUGGUGUAUCGCUACGGCAUGAAGAACUCAGGCACUGGGGCGAAGUGGAACGUAAUGUUUGAGAGAUACAAAACAGAGAGCUUGGCCCAAGAGAAGGACAAGCUCUUGUAUGGAUUGGCAUCUGUGGAGAACAUCAGUCUUCUGAAUAACUUACUGGAGGCGUGUAAAGAUGAGAGUAUUGUGAGGACUCAGGAUCUGUUCACUGUGGUCCGCUAUGUCUCUCUGAAUCGCUACGGCAAGACCAUGGCCUGGAACUGGGUCGUCCUCAACUGGAACUACCUAGUGAACAGAUACACCAUCAAUGACAGGAACCUGGGACGCCUGCUGACCAGAAUCAGCACCACCUACAACACAGAGCUACAGCUGUGGCAGAUGGAGCACUUUUUCAAGCUGAACCCUAAUGCCGGGGCUGGGGAGAUGCCUAGGCAGCAAGCUCUAGAAACAGUGAAGAACAACAUUGAGUGGGUCAGGAGGAACAAGGCAGAGAUCAGCUCAUGGCUGGAGAGCAACUUCACUUACUGAUGACAUCAGGCCAACACAAGACUAAAGAACUGUAAACCUAAUCCAAAUCACAAACCUUCAUGCGGUUUCUACUCAUUCAUUCAACAAUAGGGAUAGAUCAUGCCACAGGACUGCUUGUUUCUAAAUCAAGUGUCAAGUCCCUCCAUCCUGGGCACUCUGCUGUGCAAAUCAAACACACUUCUGAAGGGCAGAAAAACUCUAUCUGAAAUGACUGAAUUCCGGCCAGUAACUCAGCGGAAUACUCUCUUUAAUCUAGUGGAAUCAAUUUACAGUACUUAGUGCCUUUCCUGCAUUACUUAUAAAAGUAUGUUUUUGAUGCAGAAAUAAUUAAUUUUGUAUGAAGUGCUUGUACAGAAUUUCAGAUGAUCUAAAUAAGCAUGAAAACUUUUCAUCUCUGGCCAGGUAUGUUGAUUUACAUGUAUAAAAAAAUAUUUCAAAAUGGUUUCAAACAAUGAAAAGUGUUCAAAUGUAUAAGAAAUAAAGAAGAGCGUAUAUACACUUACUGUGAA